CUUUCUUCUUUAACCACACCCACAGACUCAUUUCUCAACACAGCGCUUCUGUACCUGUCGAGUGGAGCCAAAUCUGUGCGUUAAAGGACUAAAACGACAUAAAAGCGACAAAAGAGCUGCUGGAGAUAUGUGUAAUCACGUGUCUUUCAACUAUUAAUGGACUAAUACUUCUUUUGGUCUGAGGAUAAACUACUACCAGCAAGAGAAGAAUUCCAGAGAAGACUUAUCUGACUGCCAGCCAAGGAUAUGGACUGGAAGACCUUCCAAGCCCUCCUCAGUGGGGUGAACAAAUACUCCACGGCGUUUGGGCGGGUAUGGUUGUCUGUGGUGUUUGUCUUCCGGGUUAUGGUGUACGUUGUGGCGGCAGAGAGAGUGUGGGGCGACGAGCAGAAGGACUUUGACUGCAACACUAAGCAACCCGGCUGUGCCAACGUCUGCUACGACCACUUCUUUCCCAUCUCCCACAUCCGCCUGUGGGCUCUGCAGCUCAUCUUCAUCACCUGCCCGUCUUUCAUGGUAGUCAUGCAUGUGGCGUACCGUGACGACCGUGAGCGCAAAUACAGGGCGAAGCACGGUGACAGCAUCAAGCUGUACAACAACACGGGCAAGAAACAUGGCGGCUUGUGGUGGACCUAUCUGAUUAGCCUCUUCGUGAAGACGGGCAUAGAGGUCUCCUUCCUCUACAUUCUCCACCACGUCUAUGACAGCUUCUACCUGCCUAGACUAGUGAAGUGUGAUGUGUCGCCAUGCCCCAACCUAGUGGACUGCUACAUCGGCCACCCCACAGAGAAGAAGGUCUUCACCUACUUCAUGGUCGGAGCGUCGGCCCUCUGCAUCAUCCUGAACAUCUGCGAGAUCAUCUAUCUCAUCUCCAAACGCAUUGUGCGAAUUGCAAACAAGGUGAAGAGGCGCCAUCGCAACGUGGCCGUGCAUCAGGACAACUACAACGAUGACCCCUUUAACAACUGCAACGUGCCUGUGUCGAAGCUGAACCCGAAGGAAAGGCCUCCGUCUUUCAAGACUGCGUACAAGUCUUCGCACAGACCAUCUGGACUCAGACUCGAAGAGAAGAUACGGGCUUCUGCUCCUAAUCUGUCCACGACUUCGUGAUUGAAAAUGAAGCCGAAAUCAGGAUGAAGAUCAAGAGAUCUGCAGUGCUUGGGCUAGAGCCCCAUGACAAACCUCAGAAAACAGACUCAGAACUAUGAGACAAACUACAGUAUGUGUCAAACCCUGGAAGUUGAGUCAUCAGUACUGGAUUCUUCCUGUGGGCCCUUGUGUCUACAUCUAUGACUCUUUUUGAGCGUAUGAACUUUGGUUUCCAAGUCAACAUCCACAAUAUUUACAAGUCAGCUAGAGCCAAAUUGAUUGAAAUGAUAUGUGGGUUUCUUCUUUAAAUACAAUAAAGGUCUGUGUGCCUUUCACCCCUUCCACUGUAUUAGAACAUUCCAGUGAGGUUUUGCUGUGUUUCUUGUAAUAGGAGUUUUGACACGUUAGGGGAAGGAAAUGAAAAACUGCACACAAGAAGGCAGGACACACCUGGAAGAGGUAUUCACCCUCCCUACCAGUGUCUACAGUGGUGUGUCAGGGUGUUGUAUUGUCACUAAAUGUUAGAUGCAAAUUUUAUUUAAUUGAACUGAAAUCAUAGCUUCAUCUUCACAAUUUGCUGUCCUGAUGACCCUAAGUCAAGAAUGGUAUAAACAAUUCUGCACGGGAGUGUGGACACUCCAGAGUCAUAGCGUUAUGGCUGAGCAAUACUUGAAGGUUUGCAUACUUGCCAAAAAAAGAUAUUUUUGAACACAUUUAUUUUUUCAGUUAUGAUUUAUUACAGCAACAACAUACAUAAAUACAUGCUAUAUUUCUUUAUCUAAAGCCUUGGUGGGCAUAUGCUUGGUCUCAGGUUUAUGCUGCACAGCCACACGUUGUACAUAGACUGUGUUUUGACGUGCUUGUACACAAACUUGCCUCAUCCAAGACCACUGUUGAUUUAAAUAAGGCGAAAGGAAUGCUGCUGUUGAAUUCUGUUUUGUCGGAGCUGGAGCACCGAUAAAGAGGUGGGAGGAGGGUUGGACAAACACAUGGCUCAUCAAGUUUUUGUGAGUUCCUAAUCAUCCACUGUGGAUGUCAGGUGGAAAUGUGCUUUCUGCACUAGCUCUUAACAGUGUCAUUUGUUUAAAUUAAAUUUAUUGAAUGAAUGUUUCUUUUUGGGCUGCUUAUUGACACCUUUUUUCUCAAAUCAGGAAAAUUGUUUAAAGUUUAUACACAAUUGAGGAAAUAAUUUAAAACAUGAGGGACAAAUGCCAGCUUUCUUAACAUAAAGGCACCACCAUAGUACAAACACAUUUUUUCUUUCACAAUAUGUCUGAUCAUUACUAUUAUUUAAAGAAUGGUAUUUUUCCACUGUUGUUGACUCAUUUCUAAGCUUCUAACAAUAACUGUCAACCCGUUUGACAAUUAGUCUUUACCCAUUUGAAAUUGCAAUGAUGAAUAUUUUUUUAUUUUCCUGUCUCUGAUACAGUAUGAUGUAUGUUUUCUAAGUAUUGUAGAGACCUGGGGUAAGAUUCUCAGCCUGCCUGUCAUACUUGUCAGUCAGGUUUUUGCAAGGUACGGCAAAGAAAAUAGUUUGUUUAUUCUGAAUCAUUUCCGCAACAAACUGCAAAAUCACAAUGGAGAUUGCAAAAGAUUGGCUCACUUGAGUGCGACCAAUGAUGCCUCAAAUCCGUUUUUUUAAUGCAAAUCUGUAGAACUGCUUUUGACUACACAUCCAUGGUUCAAUAUUACCUUACUUUAUUUAUAUAAAGUUCAGCCAUUUAUAUUGCCUAAAACUAUAUUUCAGAGAUU